ACCAGAGUGGUUCGUUUAGAAGGACAUCUAAAAACACUUGCUUUGACUAUAUAUUUCAAUAACAAGUCUUAAGAAAGAAUUCAUAAAUGUUUUUUUGAGGAGUUUGUAUUUGCAGCAUUAUCACAAUGGAUAACAUGACAUGUGAAGAAAAAAAAGUGGUUGAAGAGUUGAAAGCACGAACAAUUAAUGACUUGAGUCCAAAAAUGCUGGAAGAUGUGUCUCUUUUUUACCGAUUUGCUAAAGCACGGAAUUUUAAUCUGGAACAAGCUGAAGCUAUGCUAAGAAAACAUAUAGCCUGGAGAAAAGAAUUGGGAGUAGACACAAUACUAACAGAUUAUCAACCAUCAGAGUUUAUGAUUAAAUAUGUUCCUUUGAGCUUUGCUUGUUACGAUAAAGAUGGAUGUGCCGUUCUGGUCCAUGACCUUGGUCGGGCAGAUGCAAAAGGUAUUUUGAAUGUGAUAAAGAAAACGGAUGUUACGAAGCAUUUGAUGUAUAUAGUUGACCAAUUGAGAGACAAGGUGAUCAAGGAGAGUGAAAAAGGAAACAAGCGUUAUCAACUUGGAAAACCUAUAUUAACACCAAUUUACGAUUUUGAUGAACUAACCUAUGCAAAAGCUGCGAACAUGAAAAUUUUGCAGAUAAUAAUUCACAUUAUGAAGACAUUUUUGGAUAAUUAUCCCGAAUAUCUCCACACUAUAACGAUCAUAAAUGCUCCCGCCUAUUUCACAUGGCUAUUUGCUAUAUUGAAACCAAUUCUUCCCAUCACAGUCAUUCAAAAAAUUCGAAUCUACGGCACAGACGGUUGGAAGGAAACCUUGUUGGAAUUUAUCGAGGCGGAUGACUUGCCAGCUUAUCUCGGAGGGAACAAGAGAGAUCCGGACGGAAAUCCAUUCUGCAAAUCCUUUAUCAUUCGUGGUCAACCCAUUCCCAAAACUUACCAAAAACAAAGAAGAAACAGAGAAUUAGUUUUACAGUCUGAUGUUGAAAAACUCACUGUGUUGCCAUUCUCCAAAGAAGAAAUAACUGUCCAGGUGGAAGAGAAGGAAUCGUAUCUCGAGUGGGAAUUUGAAACAAAGGACAGAGACAUCGAUUUCUCUUUGUUCUUCAGAGGGGAAUCCCUGGAAACCUUUGAAACUGUCGAACUCAUCCCUAAAGAAAGAAUAGAUACAAGCGAUGAACCUGAGAAAGGGUGUUUUCUAUGUGAAAAAACAGGCAAAUAUACAAUUGUUUUCGAUAAUUCUUACAGCUGGCUUCACUCUAAAGAAGUAUACUACAGAAUUGGAAUAAAGAGUCCGAAGAACAAUGAAUUAUUCAAAUAGAAAUGAUAUGCAUCCUAGAGUUAUCCCAGGAUUUGUCCUGAAACUUAUAGUUAAAAAAAUGCACUUUAUUAAAGAAUUGAUGCAGACUGACAUCAGGAACAUAAUCGAACAAAACUAAUACAAUCGAUUUAUCGAUUUCUUUGAACUGUGAUAUCAAUGUAUUGUAGUUUAUGUAUUAACUUAUAUAAAAUAUUUACUCUAAUCCUAAUUGAAUGACGGAUGGGUAUUUAUUUUCUGUUGUAAAACUUCUCUAAAGGCUCUAAAUUUCCAAUUUUUAUUAAUAAUUUUAUCGACAACCUAUUUAUAAAGCAACGUUUCAAAUAAUGAAGGCUCCACUUUAGAGAUCCCAAUUGGCACAAAAUGCCCAACGACUUUGUUGCGAUAUCUUUCAAAUAUUUGCCAGCAUUCAGAAUAUCGAAAAACAUCGGGGGAAUUGGAGAGGUUCGAUAAUGAUGACGGACCUUUUUUGUAUUUUAAAGAUUUUAUUGUUUCUCCGCUUUCGGGAUUUGGUUUGAGCCUUGCCUUUCGGCUUGCUGCUUCGUCGAUGAUGUUACAAAGACUGAUGGUUUUUUACAUAUACCGCUAGAGGGCAUUACAAGUGAGAGGUGGGGCAACAUGCUUACGUAACAGGAAUAUCGCUCAAUAUCUUGAGCUAAUUGAGACUAAAACAGUCUCAACAAUGAAGUUAUGACUAUCACUGUUUUAGACGAGAUUUAACCAUUUUAAUGAUAACUUGGAACAAGAUCAUCAAAUCAGUGCAUAGCGCUUUCUCUACGCCACCGUUAAAGGUUUAAAAUAAUGAAAUUCAAAUCUUUUUGAAUCAAUUUUGGUUUUUCUUUAAUUUAAAAUCAUACUUUAUCUACAAUAUUUUGCUGAUUAUGAGUAAUAAAAUCUAGAAUUAUGUAAAAAAAAAAAAAAAAAAAUCAGCAUUGACAUUUUUUAUCUGUGCAUCUAAUGACUCAAAUAAUUUAUUUCUCAAAUGAUUUUGAACAUUUUGCAUUCUGAAGUGGAUAACUAUGUCGGAUGGCUUAGAAAACACCUUGUCCCAAAAAUAAAUAAUUAAUUUUGAAGGUACGAUAUUCAAGUGCUUCCUUUUAAUUACAUCCGAUGUAGAUCAUCUGAGGUGCCAACUGCUGUAGGCAAAGUUAACUAAAUCUGCAAUUUGAUGGGAUACAAUCGCUUUAUUUUCCCAACUGGUGGCUGGAAAAAGUAUAUUUUUAUCGUAUUUAUCUUUUUUUCUUGUCGUUGUUGUUUGUUUGUUUUCAAAAAUCCAUCGGUCAUUUUUGGAAUACCCAGUAGCUACUGGAAUACGAUAAAAGUGGAUCCCUUAUAAUGUAUGCAUCAGUCAUAUUUAAAUAAAAAAAUCAGCUGCAGACGUUUUCACAUAUGCAAAAAGUUUUUAUUAUGUAACUUAGUUUAUUGGUGACGAACGUGGCGACUUUGAGAACAAAAAUGAAGGCGUCUGAAUAUUCAAGAAUGCUGGCUAUAUUUCCAUUAGAACUCGAGCUCCAGCGUUUUCUCUGGAGUAUUCGAUGCCCUGCCACGGAAACUAUAAAUCCAGAGGCACGCAGACGAGACAAGCAGCAUUCGAGUCCAGAGUAAUUGUUGAGCGAAAUCUCUAAGUUGAGAGUUGAUAUUCCGUGUGUUCUGUCUGAGCACUUUAAGCUGUCCCAGUUGCCUAAUGUUGGCAACAAGUGCUGUUUUUGUGUAUGUUUCGACUCUGUUUUAUACUCUGUAUUCAUUCUUUCGUGUAGAAUAAAGA